UGAGCAGUAGCGCGCCGCUAGAGGGGAAGAACGAACACGUCAGCAGCACCGGGUUAUCGUGAGAAACGUGCCUUGCCUGUGUUAAGAGCAACUGUCAUUUGAUCUCUAGAAUGGCUACGUCUAAGUAUCAUAAAUUGGAAGUGUCAAUCCACAAAAUUUUGCAAGGAGGCGUGACACUUGAUGAAGAAGAAACAAAGAAAUGUAACAAACAUCUGGAAGAGAUUUUUCUUUUGCUGGAAUAUGAAAUGAAAAAAAAUCCAACUUUUGCUGCACUUUUUCGACCGAAACAAUAUGUUGGAAGUUUUUAUGAAAACUUGAAAAUUGACAUGCCUAAUGAAUUUGAUAUUGAUUUUGAAUUGUGGCUUCCAUCAUGGAUUGGUGAGUUGCAGGUUUCUGAGAGUGAACAACCUGGUUUCUGUCUGCUAAAAUUGCUUGAAAACAUGUCACCAAUUUCUGAUCCACGAAAGGCAGAAGUCAAAAAACAAGUGAAGAAAUGGACUGAUACUGAAGGCUUUUUGCUAAGGUGUAAAGUGAAUGAGUGGAUGCAAAGUAUUGUUUACAAAGCAAUAAAUGAAUAUGAGAAAACUAAUGAUGAAAAAAUGUAUAAGUUCACGCCAUCUUGUCAUGGACCUGCUGUUACUCUAACUGUUACACAUAUUGAACACCCAGAACUAUGUUUAUCACUUGAUUUUGUUCCUGUCUUUGUAUUUGAAAAGUGGCCAACAAUAGAAAAUUUGCGUAAAUGGGAGCCAGAAAUGGAAGAACAUAAAUGGUAUGCAGUUCCCAAAUCCAGUGACUAUGGCACAGAUUUUCGAAUAUGUUUCUGGCACCAGGAGAAACAUCUGCUUCUUGAUACUAAUCAGAUGAAGCCUGUACUAAAACUGAUUAAGAAACUCAGAGAUAUUCGAAAAUGGAAAGGAAUUUCAAGCUAUUGUAUAAAAACUAUGUUUUUGUGGAAGACUCAUGCAAAUGGUAAAAAAUAUUGGCAAAAAAGUUUGGGCAAGACUUUCAUUGAGAUGCUUAAUGAUCUGAAGAACUAUUUACUAGAUCGAAAAUGUCUUCCAUUUUUCUGGGUGGAAGAAAAUGAUUUGUUGUCAAAAUUAAAUUCAGAUGAGAAGAAUAACAUAGGAGGCUACCUUAAAAAUAUGGUUGAUGAAAUUGAAAAGAAUCUUGAUGUAGACGGAUUUCUAGAAAGAUAUUUCAAUUUACCUGACAGAACUGAGGAUCAGAAUCAUGAGCCACUUCCUGCUACCCUGCAAAGCAGUAAUGGAGGAUCUUUUGACACUUGGAAUCAAGGUGUUACGACUCGGGCCACUUAUCAGGGUCGUGUCAGCAACGCUGAUGUCACUGAAGCCAACAGGGGAGGAUAUGUCACCCCCAUAGUCCGCCAUCCGAGCCACAGCAUGCCGUACCAGCAUUUGGGUGUUACUACUCGGGCUGCUUACCAGGGUCAUGUCAGUGAUGCUGAUGUCACUGAAGUCUACAGUGGAGGAUAUGUCACCCCCGUAGUCCGCCAUCCAAGCCACAGCAUACAGUACCAGAAUUUGAGGCUGCCAUCUUCUGAAGAAGAGUCUGGUGAUGAAACUAACUGGGACAUGCCUGUAGUAUCAAGAUCUGUGAAUCACAAUUCUCAGCUACACACUCGACAGCAGGAAGAUAAUACUGGAACUAUUGCAGCAAUAGCAGUUGGAGUUGGAGCAGCAGCCCUCGUUGGAGUAGGACUGCUGGCUCACAUACUUGGAGACAACAGAAGAGCACGAGAAUGAAGGCAAAGAAAGGCUACUGGUCUUAUUCACUUGAUAAUUUUUUUUGUCCAUUAAAGUAGCACAUUAACACAAAGUUACAGCUAUGUUUUACAGUAAUCCUCUCCAUUUUGUAAUGCUUGUGACAUCUUAAUGCUCUGUGAAAGUUCUGGUUAAUAACUCUAUAAAGUAUGCAAGUAGAGAGUGUAGAGCAUCAAAUUUUCUCACAUGAAAGAACUAUUGUAAUAGUCCAUGUACAAACAGCGAAAUGUUAUGUAAAAU